CUGGGUCCCCAGACAGCUGGAGGAGAUAAACAGAGCAGGAGGAGGGAGGGGAGUGCGUGUGUGAGAGCGCGCGAGGGAGUGUGAGUGUGUGUGAGCGCGGGUGUGAGACGGUGCGCAGGGGCGGGCGGAGGCGCUGUCCGGCCCCGGCCAGGCGCCGGGCGGAGAGCAUGGGAAGGGGCUAGAGCUGCCUGGGCCCCCGAGCCCUCUCCCCGGGAUCCGCGCUCCCCCUCCCGGGAGAGGGGCCGGGCCCCCCGACGGACAUGGGCUCCUGAAGUUGCACCGCCGCCGGUCCUGGGAAGAGGCCUGACAGGUAAUUAAAUGUGUGUCGUGUGGACCUGGGCUUUGCUGGAAUGCGCAAGGGUUCUGAAGAUCUUUAUAUAGCUUCCUUCUGUUGAAUCCAUUAAGAGAAGAUGGCAAAAGUCAACAUAACUAGAGACCUCAUUCAUAGGCAGAUCAAGGAGCGGGGUGCCCUGAGUUUUGAGAGGCACUACCAUGUCACUGACCCCUUUAUCAGACGGCUGGGCCUGGAAGCAGAGCUGCAGGGUCACUCAGGAUGCGUCAACUGUCUGGAGUGGAAUGAGAAAGGAGACUUGCUGGCCUCUGGUUCCGAUGACCAGCACACGAUUGUGUGGGACCCGCUGCACCACAAAAAGCUGCUCUCCAUGCACACGGGACACACUGCAAAUAUCUUCUCUGUCAAGUUCCUGCCUCAUGCUGGGGACCGCAUCUUGAUUACGGGGGCAGCUGACUCCAAGGUGCAUGUCCAUGACCUGACAGUAAAGGAGACGAUCCACAUGUUUGGAGACCACACGAACAGGGUGAAACGCAUUGCCACAGCACCCAUGUGGCCCAACACAUUCUGGAGUGCCGCUGAGGAUGGGCUUAUCCGACAGUAUGACCUUCGGGAAAACAGCAAACACUCGGAAGUGCUGAUUGACCUGACAGAGUACUGUGGCCAGCUGGUGGAGGCCAAGUGCCUCACUGUCAACCCCCAGGACAACAACUGUCUGGCAGUAGGGGCCAGUGGGCCCUUCGUGAGACUCUACGACAUUCGCAUGAUCCAUAACCACAGAAAGAGCAUGAAGCAGAGCCCUUCAGCAGGUGUGCACACCUUCUGUGACCGGCAGAAGCCCCUUCCGGAUGGUGCAGCCCAGUAUUACGUAGCAGGUCAUCUGCCAGUGAAGCUGCCUGACUACAACAACCGUCUGAGAGUGCUGGUUGCCACCUAUGUGACCUUCAGCCCCAAUGGCACAGAGCUGCUGGUGAACAUGGGAGGGGAGCAGGUCUAUUUAUUUGACCUGACUUACAAGCAGCGGCCGUACACGUUCCUGUUGCCUAGAAAAUGCCACUCCUCAGGGGAAGUUCAAAAUGGCAAGAUGUCCACCAAUGGUGUGUCCAACGGUGUGUCCAAUGGCCUGCACCUUCACAGCAACGGCUUCCGGCUGCCGGAGAGUAGGGGACAUGUCAGCCCCCAGGUAGAGCUGCCCCCAUACCUGGAGCGUGUGAAACAGCAAGCCAAUGAAGCUUUUGCCUGCCAGCAGUGGACCCAGGCCAUUCAGCUUUACAGCAAGGCCGUGCAGAGGGCCCCUCACAAUGCCAUGCUGUAUGGGAACCGAGCUGCUGCCUACAUGAAGCGCAAGUGGGAUGGUGACCACUACGAUGCCCUGAGGGACUGCCUCAAGGCCAUCUCCCUAAAUCCAUGCCAUCUGAAGGCACAUUUCCGCCUGGCCCGCUGCCUCUUUGAGCUCAAGUACGUGGCUGAGGCCCUGGAGUGCCUGGACGACUUCAAAGGGAAGUUCCCGGAGCAGGCCCACAGCAGCGCCUGUGAUGCAUUGGGCCGUGACAUCACUGCCGCCCUCUUCUCCAAAAAUGAUAGUGAGGAGAAGAAGGGAGCUGGUGGUGGUGGUGGCGGCCCAGUCCGCCUCCGCAGCACGAGCCGCAAGGAUUCCAUCUCAGAAGAUGAGAUGGUGCUGCGGGAACGAAGCUACGACUAUCAGUUCCGCUACUGUGGCCACUGCAACACCACCACGGAUAUCAAGGAGGCCAAUUUCUUUGGCAGCAAUGCUCAGUACAUCGUCAGUGGCUCUGACGAUGGCUCCUUCUUCAUCUGGGAAAAGGAGACCACCAACCUAGUCCGCGUACUCCAGGGGGAUGAGUCCAUCGUCAACUGCCUGCAGCCGCACCCCAGCUACUGCUUCCUGGCCACCAGCGGCAUCGACCCUGUUGUACGGCUGUGGAAUCCUCGGCCAGAGAGUGAAGACCUCACAGGCAGAGUUGUAGAAGACAUGGAGGGUGCUUCCCAGGCCAACCAGCGGCGCAUGAAUGCAGACCCGUUGGAAGUGAUGCUGCUCAACAUGGGCUAUCGGAUCACAGGCCUGAGCAGCGGGGGUGCUGGGGCCUCUGAUGAUGAGGACAGCUCCGAGGGCCAGGUGCAGUGCCGGCCCAGCUAGACCCUCCUAGCCCUGGUCCCCAGCCCCUGCUACUGGCUGGACCCUCUGCCCUGGCAGGAGGUCAGGGGGUUCUGUUUUGGUUUGUCUUCCCCCUACCCCAUUUUUUCUUUUCCCCUGUUUUCUUUGUUAGUUUGGCAUUGGGGAUGGGGGUUGCUACAUUUUGCUGGCUUUCAGACUUUUGGGCAGAUUGCCCUUGACUGACCCCAGCCCUGAGCAAAAGAGCAGGAGGGAAAGCCCCUCCCUAUGCCCCCCACCUCCCCCUCUCAGGUCCCUGGAGGGCUCUGGCCUGCCUCAGGUGUGGAGGCAAGGCUGAAGCUGUCUUCAAGGACUGCCCUACCCUUUGGUUGGCAACAGGAAGGGGAUUGGAAUUCCCAGUCCAUAAGGGCUAGCCUUGACCUGUUGCCACUCUUGCUCCCUGACUGGCAAGGCUAGCUUCCCCGUGGUCUUCAGGGAAGGUUCUGAAAAAACAAUGGGGAGCCCUGGAGUGGGUAAGGCCAGGCCACUGUGCCUGCUCUUACUGGCCACCUCUGGGGGCUCAGCCUUUCCUGAGGACCCUGGCAAGGGUGGGGCACCACACCGUACCCUGCCCACCCAUGCCAGCCCUUCCACACUACGGCCACUCUCCUUUCUCAGGCGCUCCUGGCCUCACUGUGACCUUUCUGCCAGAGCUCCCAGCCAGGCCUACUUUUGCUAAGGUGGGGCUCCCUGCUAAGGGCCCUUCUCGCCCUUUCUGCCCUCCCUUCCACCCCACAUGCAGAGCCGCCACAAAGACCAAAGAAGUGAUGGCUUUUCUCUGUCCCCUGCUGCUCUGGGGGGAGGAGGGUGACUCUCCUGAGCCACUCAGAUGGGAAAGUCCCUAACUCAGUCCCCUCCCUCCUCAGCAGCCCCAAGCUUUACACUGGAUGCAGCGGUCACCCCACCUCUCACCAAGCCCCCCUCUCUCUGCCCCCUUGGCUCUCAGCUCAGGAGCCGCUCCUGGUAGUUGGUUUAUCCUUCCUCCCCUCUCCCUCCUCCUUCCCCUCAGUGCUUACUUGGCUCCAGCCCUCCAGCUGCAGCCUCUGGGGAGAAGCAGCCUCCCUUCUUUUUCUCCCUCCCUUCCUCCCUCCCUCUCCUUCCACCCCUGUCUCUGCCAGGUGCCUCCUCUCAGUCAGGCUUCAGAGCAGCCCUGGAGACAGGAAGGCCAUGUUAAAAGCUUUUUCACAAUUUUAAGAAGACGGGGGUGAGGAUAGUGGUGGGGGGUCUGGCACUAUCUCCUCAUUGCUUUAAUCCCAGCAACACAGGUGGCAGCUUCUCUCCCUCCCUCCCACCCCAAUCCCUCUUCCCACCCCUCUCUUCUAGCUUGGUAAUGAAGUAUAUUUAUUGGCGAAGGAAACAGCUGCUGCUGCUUCUCCUGCUGCUGGGACUUGCUCCCCUGACACUUCUUCAUGACCUUUCUCCAGCCAGGGAGGGGAGAGCUUGGAGUAAUGGGGCUGGGCCCUGGGGCCCACGGACCAGCAGGGGCCCCUUUGCUUUCCUGUGUUGGAGCUGCCCACC